AGACAGACACUGCGACUUGCUGCUGCUGCUAGCUUGCUCCCUUGCUUACCUCUUGCUCAGGCGCUCUCCACUUGCUCUGCUGGAAGAGGAGAAAUCUGAAAAUCUCUUUGCGAGAAACUGAUUCUGCCAUUAAGCAUUCAUUUCUGGAGCCGUUUCGAUUUUGGGGCUUAUAAAUCACCCCUGCCUGCACCUUGCUUGCUUGCUUGCUUCGUGGUUCGCCUCUGCUUUCUUCGCUCUGUUUAGCAUUUUCGGUGAGAACACCCUCGACAGAUCACCCUGAACAAGCAGGAGGAGCUGGAGAAGGGCCUGCUGCUUUGGAGAUGGCUGACAUGAAGCAAGAGGAGAUCAGCCAUCCACCAAUGGAUCAGUUGCAGGGGCUGGAGUAUUGCAUAGACUCCAACCCAUCCUGGGGGGAGGCAAUUGCCCUGGGGUUUCAGCAUUACAUCCUUUGCCUGGGGACGGCUGUGAUGAUCCCCACCUUGCUGGUUCCUCUCAUGGGUGGAAAUGCUCAUGACAAGGCAAAGGUGGUGCAAACAAUGCUGUUUGUGACUGGGAUUAACACACUGCUCCAAACUCUGUUUGGAACUCGGCUUCCCACCAUCAUAGGAGGCUCCUAUGCAUUUGUGAUCCCAGUUAUAUCAAUAAUUAAAGACCCCUCACUGACUCAAAUUACUGAUGACCAUACAAGGUUCAUCAUGACCAUGAGAGCCAUACAGGGGGCUUUAAUAAUAUCCUCCUGCAUCCAAAUAAUUGUUGGCUACAGCCAGUUGUGGGGGAUAUGCUCCAGGUUCUUCAGUCCACUUGGGAUGGUUCCGGUUGUUGCGCUGGUUGGGCUUGGCCUUUUUGAGAGAGGAUUCCCAGUGAUUGGGAGGUGUGUGGAGAUUGGGCUUCCAAUGAUUGUCCUGUUCGUUGCCCUUUCCCAAUAUCUGAAGCAUGUACAAGUUCGCCAUUUUCCGAUACUGGAGAGGUUCUCAGUGCUCAUUUCCAUUGCACUUGUCUGGGUGUAUGCGCACAUCCUCACAGCAAGUGGGACAUACAAACAUACCUCUCUGCUCACCCAGAUCAACUGCCGCACAGACCGUGCUAAUCUCAUCACCUCAGCAGACUGGAUUGACAUACCAUACCCAUUGCAAUGGGGUCCUCCAACAUUCAGCGCGGAUCACGCGUUCGGUAUGAUGGCUGCAGUUGUGGUGUCCCUGAUAGAGUCAACUGGAGCGUUUAAGGCCGCUGCCCGGUUGGCAAGUGCAACACCCCCACCACCAUAUGUCCUCAGCAGAGGCAUUGGAUGGCAGGGAAUUGGACUGCUGUUUGAUGGGCUAUUUGGUACCGGAACUGGCUCCACGGUCUCUGUUGAGAACAUUGGUCUUCUUGGAUCAACCAGAAUUGGCAGCAGAAGGGUUAUACAGAUCUCCGCUGGUUUCAUGAUCUUCUUCUCCAUUCUAGGGAGAUUUGGAGCUCUGUUUGCUUCAAUUCCAUUCACAAUGUUUGCCGCCAUAUACUGUGUCAUGUUCGGAUAUGUCGGUGCAGUGGGGCUCUCCUUCAUGCAGUUCACCAACAUGAACUCAAUGCGCAACCUUUUCAUCAUCGGCGUCUCGCUCUUCCUCGGCGUCUCGAUCCCGGAGUACUUCUUCCGCUACACCAUGAGUGCUCUGCACGGCCCUGCACACACUAGAGCAGGAUGGUUCAAUGACUACAUCAACACCAUCUUCUCCUCGCCACCGACCGUUGGGCUCAUCAUCGCGGUGGUCCUUGACAACACGCUGGAGGUGAGGAACACGGCGAGGGACCGUGGGAUGCCAUGGUGGGCGAGGUUCAGGACGUUCCGCGGGGACAGCCGGAACGAGGAGUUCUACACCCUGCCCUUCAACCUCAACCGCUUCUUCCCGCCAUCCUAGGCAUGGAGGGAGACAACAAGGAAAACAAAUCAUUAGGGAAUGGAGGCCAGCCAUUAAGUGAAAUCUUACCACCACCAUGCUUGUGAUUAUGGUUGAGUCUUCCAUGGUAGUGAAGAAGAGUAGAGAGUAGAUGUAGAAGUAGAGCAAAGAAUGCUGGGCAUGACAAGAACUGCAGUCUUACCAGCCAAAGAAAAAAGAGAGAGAUGGAAAUUGGUUGGGUGUGAUGGAUGGCUUACCUUGGGUGGGUCAUUGUACAUGCAUUUUGAGUUCAUGGUUAGUGAUGAGCAAUGAGAUUCAACCAUCUGCAGUUCUUUUUUCGCUGAUCUUCUGAAUGACUAGAUUAUGUUGCAAUUUACAAACACAGGAGUUUCAGAUGAACUUGGGACAAAAUGAUAUUCCUGUUCUCCAGCAGGAUGAAAUUAUUCAUUGGAUCAAAUUCAAACAAGAAUUAUAUGAACUAGAUGGAUACGCCACGUGUUACUG